GUGCUCCUGUCGAAUACAGAUAUCGGGAGGUAAAAUGGAAAGAAACACGUAGGAAAAGGAAUACGCUGAUACAAAGAAGAAAAGCUACGUACGACCAUGAUGUGAGCUCUGUCGUCUCAAGAACUGACAAGUCUGCCGUCUUAAUUUCUAUUGGAUGAGUACUAGCAAAAUAUUUUAUUGUCCUUCUUGACUUAUUUGUCAACUGUUUGACGAAUCGGGUGUGGAUCUUCAAUUGCAGUGGAAAACUAACCGAGAGGGUGUCGGUCCAAUCACACUGCACAUUUUACUAAACUAAGGAAAACUCGGCGUCUUGUCAAGACACAGCUUUCUUUGAGUUGCUCAAUUUUUUUCCAUCGAGCACUAAUUCAAGUGUCGAAGAGUGAACGGAUUUUCUCUGCUAUCUUAUCAAGUGUGACAAACGUUAUUUGCAUCAUGACCCAACCACAACAGAUGUGUUGGACCAUUUCCAGAUCUGUUGGUUCGCAUGAGUUUGUCAUGGGCAUAUUAGAAUAAUUUGUUGUUUGUUUGCUCUAAAACUGAUCCCCUGCUUAGAGAGGCUAGUUUUAUGCAGCUCCUGUUGUUUUUUUGUUUCUGUCUGUUUGCAUCUCAUUCCGUAAUUAUCCUUACUGGUUGAUGGCACAAAUCAGCCAAUGAAGGUGACGUGUGAAUUCUUUUAAACUUGUUUUUCUUUGACAACACGGUCUUAUAGAAAAGCAAGACAGAGAAAAUUGAUCUGCAUUACAGAAUGUAAAGCUUGCAACGCAAGGGAAGUUGAGCAAUUUAGUGACAUGUCACAUUCACAACAACUGCCUGAAGGGAUUGUUUAAAGACGGCAUAGAAUGCCAUGUGUGUGUGUGUGCGUGGAGGAACCCGUUCAAGUCACUGGUGAGUUUGAAUGCAUGACGUCAUUGUGUCUCAACUGCCAUGAAAUCGUUUUCAGACCACAGAACUGAUGCCAGUGCUAAAACUGGCAAUGUUAGGCCUACCCUAACCCAAUCGGGCAAGCCUUUGCGUACAUUGUUUCAUAUCUAGUAUACUGGCCUAACACAGCCUUGCGCCAUGUUCUGUGCUUCUAAGGUCUGAGAAGUAUAAUUGCAACAUAUGUCGGGAAAACAGUAUUUCACACAAAUUCUUUACUGUUUAAACCACAAAAAUCAUGAUACAGAUGUGUUAAGCUAUAGGUUUAGUCGUCAGUCUACAACCUGUCUACGAGUUCGCACAUUUUAAAUGAUUUAUGUGACAUCAAGUACAUUUGUCUGCAGGGAUAGCCUACUGUGUCUGGUUGGGAUAACUCAGCAUCCUUAUGUUUAGAGAACAAUUUGUCAAAUAAUCCUUUUGACCAUGUGCAGUUUUCCUUAAAUUAUAACAGCUUCAUACGUCCUCAGUGGGGUGAUCCUACAGACUUCCUUAAGUUUACCGACUUCGUCAUCUCGUAGGUUCGGAGGGGGGAGCCGACCUAUCACUUUAUUGCCAUACGUGUCAUGAACUAAGAUAGUGGUUUGGAUUCGGCUGAGGGAAAAAACGGUUUGCCCUGCAAAUAUUCCUACUAUUUUACAAGACCAAGAGAGCUAGUAGGGUUUCGUUUACUGUAAUUGAACGAACAAAAGUCUAAAUUAAUCCUCUCAUACCCUAUGAUGAAUAGUUAAACGCAAUCGCACUAUCACAGAUUGCGUCUAUAAAUACCGAGAAGGCUACGGGAAAGGAAACGGUAGUGUUCGUCGUCUGCCGCCAAGUGAUCCUUGCGCAAUACAUGGGGAGCCAGUCUGUUCCUUUUCCGAAGAUAGCUUGAACUAUUUGCACAGAACUUUAAGCCGAGUGAGACGGAGUUAAUUUGACUUUAAUACACGGACAGAGUAAAUUAUUUGAGUCUCUGGUUUUAUUUCAGAGAUUGUUGGCAAGCUUUUGGAGUGAGGGUCGCAUGUGUGUGGGUUCACCUGAGGACUGGGAGCGUCUCAGUGUGUCUGAUCUGCAAGAGUGUAACCAGAUGCGCCGCCGAGAGUUUUUGGAUGAAAAUACUUCGCCCUUUCUCUCGAUUUUUCGUUCUAGGAUGGACUGAACUCUAAAUAUUCUAUGCUUAUUUUACCUUUUUAAAUGGUUUUUGUUUUUUAACUUUUUUUUUCUCUGCAUAUGAGGGUUUGCGUUUUAGGGUAUAAUGAGUGUGUUUGUGAGAGAUGCUGGACUAAGAUGUGACCUCAAGUGACUUGGCAAAACUCUGACAGACACACACAAAAAUACACAAAGUCUAAGAUGAGCGGAGGAAAGAAAAAGAGUGGUUUCCGGAUCACCAGUGUUACAUCAGAGUACACUCAUGGGGUGGGAGAGAGUCCCAGCCAGAAAGGGCCUUUAAGUACAGAAACGAGUGCCUCCCCAUUGCUCAGUAAUGGGGGUCAGAGUUCCACACCCUCUCCCUCCCUACCACACAGACAGCCUGUUCAAGGGAGGGGCUCUGUAGACCAAAUCACGCCAACAUCAACUGUGUCUAAUGGCCCAGCUUUUUCUCCCACCCUAAGUCCCAGCCUUCAGACGCAUGGAAGCUCCAGCCAACCAAAUACGCCUGUCACUAUAAGGAAACAGAGCUCAUUGGAGCAAGGUGGUUCUGGGGGAGGGGCAUCACGGUUCCGAGUGGUACGUCUUGGCCAAGGAUUGGGUGAACCUUACAAGCGGGGCCGCUGGACUUGCGUGGAUGUCAUGGAGCGGGAGAUGGAGGAACGUGGACUCAGGCGUGUGAUUGACAGUAUGAGGCAUGCCCACUCAUUGGAGUCCCUAGAGACUGUGGGACUAGGUGGGGCUGAAGGGACGGUGGGUGGGGCUGCUCUGAAGCCGCUGGGUCAUAUGCGGGCUUUGAGAGCAGGUCACAUGGUACACUCACAGGGCACCACUCACCUGUUGGCACACUGUAGGACUGAGACCUCACACAGUGGCCCUCCUUCACCUACCUAUGAGUCACAACAUUUCCCCUCCCCCCAAAAUACACCAAGCACAACUCGCACCAGGAACAUACCCCCACCCCUACGCCUGGACACAGAGCCUGGGGCCAAACUACGUGCCACGAGAUCACAGCCUACUUCCCCUGGCCCCCAUAUGGGCAGAGAUGGACCGUUCCACCCUAGCCUGACGCCCAUUCAGACACCCUCAGCCCUGGCGCUGGCCCAGUCCAUGCUGGGGGUAGGAAGUGCAUUUGAACUGGUGGGCGAUGAGAGUGGGUCCAACAGCAGCAUGAUUGCCAUCGACAACAAGAUUGAGCAAGCUAUGGACCUGGUUAAAACUCAUCUGAUGUUAGCUGUGCGAGAAGAGGUGGAGGUUCUGAGGGAGCAGAUUAAGGAACUAUCAGAGAGGAACGCUCAGCUAGAAAGAGAGAACUACAUCCUUAGAGCCCUUAGGGAACGAGACUGAGCCAAAACCAAUAUAAUCUCUAAAUCAAGGCAUCAUGGGAGAUGAAGUCUUUCUGGAGCUUGCUCAGUUGAAUAAUGAACUUCAGGUUGGAAAGUGUGUAUGGAAGAAAGCAAGAGUAGAAAGAUGGAAGGAUAUCAACUGCAAUAACAAGGCAGUUGCAAUUAAAAAGAUGAAAAAUAGUUACAAAUGAGUUGUAACUGUAGCCUGUAUGUAUGCUGUAUGGCUUUCACUGCUCUAUGCCUUAGCCUCAGACCACACUCUCUAACAUACAUGCAUGCACCUAUUCAUACACAAGCACAAGCACAAGCACAAGCACACAAGUGGUGUCCAUUAGAAAUUAACAGUCACAGAAUCUAAUUCAUGAUGUAAUCACUAAGGAAAAACUUUUAAGAAACAAAUUGAAUUGUAAUGUUGAUUUUAAUGAUAAUACUGAUGAGAUGCCCUCAUUGGUUGACACGUAACAUAGUGUUUAUUUAUUAUUGUGUGCUCAUUCAGUGUUUGAGUAUGUUUUCAAAACAACUUACUGGACAUGGAAUUCUCACCUAAAAGACAGUGUAUGUAUGUUUUUUGUUUGUGUGUGUGUGGGUCUGAGUGUGCAUGACAGGGAGUGUGACUUUUUCAUAUCUGUACUUUGUGUCUAAGAGCCAGCUAUGCUUUUUACAUAGCCUACUGGCUAUCAAGACAACCUGGAGGGGUUUUAUGGUUGCUGUUGGUAUUGUAAUCGUACUCUGUGUGUGUGUGUGUGUGUUAUCAGACAUGGGGGAGUUGUUUUGGUGAAGGGUCAUCAGCAUUGUGCCAUAUACUGAAUGUUUUAUCUGUAAAGCACUGCUCUGUCCUACACUAAUACUACAUGUAUGCUGUCAUGGUCAAUUCCAAACCAUCCGUUGCUAUGGCUAUGUGUUGAUUUCCUUUUUAGUGGUACAGUGGGCCUCUAUGUAGACUGUUACACAUUUGUGCCAUAUUUUAAAGCUAACAUUUUUUUCUCUCUGGUUCAUCUCUUUCUUCUCUCUCAUUGUUUCCUUUACUGGAUUCAUUUGCAGUAUUACUGAUCUGUAAUUCUAAUGAAAAACAGGAAU